AGGAGAGGAGCGACGGAAGGAUGCUGAACCUGUUGAAGCUGAAGCAGGAGAAGGCAGAGCAGAAGGCAGGAUCGAGUGAGUCCGCAGAGGGAGGGAGCAAGGCUGGAGGAAAGAUCAUCCCCGCUGCCCAACGACGAGUCCAGAAAGAUCUCAAGAAUGGGAUCGAGAAGAACUCCUGGUGCCAGAUGGAGUUCCCGGACCCCGACGACAUCAUGAACUUCAAUGUCACGCUCAUGCCCGACGAGGGCUUCUGGAAGGGAGGCAAGUUCAGCUUCAAGUUUGAGAUCCCGUCCGACUAUCCCCAUUCCCCACCCAAGACUCUCUGCACCACCAAGGUGUUUCAUCCCAAUAUCGACUUGGAGGGCAAGGUCUGCUUGAACAUCCUUCGUGACGAGUGGAAGCCAGUGCUUGACAUCGGCGCCGUCAUCAACGGACUCUUCUUCUUGUUCCUGGAGCCAAACCCUCAAGACCCGCUCAACAAGGAAGCAGCAGAGCUGAUGAAGGACAACCUUCCCGCGUUCAAGCAGGCAGUCCAACGAUCUCUGCGACCAGGAUUUGGGGGCUACUCGUCCUACGGACGAUACUGAAGUAGGAGCUGGAGGAGGGAGGAGGGGAGUGAGAGGAGGGAGGGGGUGAGAGGGUGAGGAGAGGAGGGUGAGAUGGAGAGGGGGAUGCGGUUUGAGCUGCAAAAGAGACAACAAGGAAGUAUCAUACUCUUCUUGUUGUUUGCAGAAAAUAAGUGAUGAUCGAUUUUUUCCCGAUUGUAGCAUGUUCUUGCU